AUGAGGCUCCAACACUACAUAUACUACGGCAUCUGGCCUGUUUGUUUCGUCAUCAGAGUCAAGAACCUCGUCUUUGCUUAUUUGCCCUGCAACUUUUCACCUUUUCUCAUGGAUAUUUCUGUCUUCCUUUUUCAUCUUGUACUGCUGCUAGGUCUUCCUACUGCUUCGAUAGCCCACAUCAAACGCACCAUCCAAACAGAUCAAUCAGCAUUGUUUGCCUUAAAAUCCCAACUGUUCCAUUCUUCGAACUUACUGAGGAAAAAUUGGACUGCAAAUGUAUCAGUGUGCAACUGGAUUGGAGUGACAUGCUCCUCUCGCCACCAUAGAGUUGUCUCCUUGAAUCUCUCUUACUUAGGCCUUCAAGGUAGCAUCCCUCCAGAGAUAGGAAACCUCUCUUUUGUCAAUUCUAUUGACCUCAGUGGCAACAAUUUCCAGGGAAAUUUGCCCAUGCUGGUGCACUUACGCAGGCUUAAAUAUAUUAGUCUUGCCAACAACAAUUUUGGGGGAGAGGUUCCUUCGGGGUUCGGUUCUCUGCCUAACCUUCAAGCCCUGGAUUUGUCAAAUAACAGCUUCACAGGUGCCAUUCCGACUUCCCUAUUCAAUGCAUCAAAGUUGGAGUCCAUAAGUUUCAUGUCCAAUCAAUUGCAAGGAAAUAUUCCCCAAGAAAUCGGUAAUCUAGGAAACUUGAAAGUCUUAAGCAUGGCAAAUAACCAGCUUACAGGGCUUAUACCACUAACACUUUUCAACAUCUCGUCCCUGCAAAUAGUCAAUUUGAGAAAUAACACGUUAUCUGGCGACCUUCCGGUGAACUUGUGCUCUAAGCUUUCAAGACUGCAUGGAUAUUACCUAGCCUAUAACACAUUAUCAGGCCAAAUUCUGUCGCGGUUUGACAACUGCUCAGAACUGGAAGAACUGUCGUUGAACGACAAUGACUUGAAUGGAACACUACCAAGAGAGAUUGGAAACUUAACCAUGCUAAAGCUUUUGAGUUUGGGUCAGAACAAAUUCGCAGGUGGAAUUCCAGCGGAGAUUGGUAAUCUCCAGAAUUUGGAGUGUUUAGAUAUUGAAGGAUGUGCCCUUUCUGGUACAAUACCGAAAGAAAUUGGCAAUCUUCAGAAAUUGAAUAUGUUAAACUUUGCUCUUAACACCUUGAGUGGUCAAGUUCCAGUGACCAUCUACAACAUCUCAACUAUGACAUUCAUUAGAUUGACUGGCAAUAAGCUUUCAGGAAGUCUUCCACAUAGCAUAGGCCAUCUGCUGCCUAAUUUAGAAACAUUAAAUGUGGCGCAUAAUUACCUAACUGGGGUGAUUCCUGAUUCUAUCUCAAACAUGACUAAGCUAGUUAUUUUGGAACUCAGCAUGAACCGUUUCACUGGUUCAAUUCCUAGAUCACUCGGCAGUUUGAAUCUCCUUGAGACUCUUGAUGUUGCAGGCUACUAUUUAGCCACAGGUUCCCCCAAAGAGUUGAGCAUUAUUUCGUCUUUGGCGAAUUGUAAAAGUUUAAGAGUUCUGAUAUUGGACGGAGUUUCUGUAAAAGGUACCAUUCCCCCUACCAUAGCCAAUUUGUCGAAUUCUCUUGAAGUAUUCCUCGUUAGUACUUGUGAACUAGAGGGUAGCAUUCCACCUGAAAUUGGUAAUUUAAGUAGGCUGACAGGAAUGGAUCUUAGCAGCAAUCACUUCACGGGGCAACUUCCAUUGGCAUUCCAAGGGUUAUCGAACAUCCAAGCAUUAGAACUUCAAAAUAAUAGGAUUUCAGGGGCCAUCUCACCUAAUUUUUGCAAUCUCAGGAGUUUAACUCUAUUAGACCUGAGUCAAAAUAAAUUCUCAGGUCAACUUCCAGAAUGCUUGGGAAAUAUGUCUUCUCUGGGAAAGCUUAAUCUAUCCUCCAACGGAUUAAAUUCCACCAUGCCUGCCAGCGUAGGGAGCUUAAAAGAUCUGCUGAACCUAGAUGUACAUUCCAAUGCUUUUGGUGGUUUCAUACCUCAAGAAAUUGGAAAUUUGUUGGCCGCAAUAUCCAUAGACUUGUCAUGGAAUAAGUUUUCCGGAAAUAUCCCGACAACUGUUGGAAAUCUGCAGAACUUGAUUAACUUCUCAUUGGCACAUAAUGAAAUACAAGGAUCUUUUCCUGAGAUAGUAAGAAAGAUGGUGAACUUGGAAUCAUUGGAUCUAUCUCAAAAUAAUCUCACUGGAGAGAUUCCUGCAUCAUUGGUAUCACUCUUGCAGUUGCAGCAUUUUAAUGUGUCAUUCAACCACCUGCACGGAAAAAUCCCAGAAAAUGGUUCUUUCCUCAAUUUCACAAUUGAAUCAUUCAUAUCCAAUGAAGGAUUUUGCGGUGGUCCUGCUCACUUGAGACUCCUUCCUUGCCCAAACAAUUCUCCUCAAGCAUCCAGGACGAAAAGGUUCCCCAGAUUUGCAUACAUCUUGUUACCAACUGCAUUGACAGUUUUUGCAGUAAUUAUCUUCGAGUUAGUGCUCAUCAUGGCACAGCAUAGAAGCAGAAAUCGUGCUCAAACAAAUCCACUCCCUCCAACCACACAUGAAAGGAUUUCAUACUAUGACCUUGUACAUGCAACUAAUGAUUUUGGUGAAAACAACUUGAUUGCAAGUGGGAGCUAUGGUUCAGUUUACAAGGGGGUGCUUAGGGAUGGGAGUAUUCUGGCAAUAAAAGUAUUCAAUUUGCAAGUAGAAGGAGCAUUCAAAAGCUUCGAUGCAGAAUGUGAAGUCCUGCGGAAUAUUCGCCAUCGAAAUCUGGUAAAAGUCAUCAGCAGUUGCUCUAACCAUGAUUUUAGAGCUUUAGUCUUGGAGUACAUGCCAAUGGAAGCCUUGAAAGUUAUAGAUGUAGCAACUGCACUGGAUUAUCUCCACCAUGGCCAUUCAUCACCUAUUGUCCACUGUGAUCUGAAGCCCAGCAAUGUUCUUCUGGAUCAAGCCAUGACCGGUCACGUGGGUGACUUUGGCAUUGCAAAGUUACUUAGUGGAGGUGAAAGUAAAGCAAUAACAAAUACACUUGCAACAAUUGGCUACAUAGCACCAGAGUAUGGAUCUGAGGGUAAGGUGUCGAGAAGUUGUGAUGUCUAUAGCUUUGGCAUUCUGCUGAUGGAAACAUUUUCAAGGAAGAAGCCGACUGAUGUAAUGUUCACAGAGGAUUGUGGAUUGAAAGACUGGGUAAGGCAUUUGCUGCAAAAUCCAGAACUGGAUCUAGUGGACCACAACUUGAUAACUCCCUCAGAUGCAAAUUCAACAAAAAUCGUACAAUGUAUCUUCAAAAUCAUGGAAAUGGCGGUCACAUGCACAGUGGAAUCACCAGAGGAGAGGAUUGACGUUACAGAUGCUUUGAAUGAACUCAAAAAUAUCAAACAUGAAUUUCUUUCCAAGUGA